AGGUGUGAUCUUUCCAGAGACUCAUCAUGUUGGUGAAGGUUGCAGGGCUUGCUCUGGUUCUAUGUGCUAUCACAGGAUCCCAAGCUGAUGUCAGAACAGACCAAGUGGUCAAUGCUUUCUGGGACUAUGUCUCCCAGCUGCACAGCAGCACCAAGGAUACGGUGGAGCAGGUCCAGCAGUCGGAUAUCACCAAACAACUUCAUGAUCUUAUUCAGGAAAAUCUUAAAAGUAUGAACCUUUAUGCAGAAGAACUGCAAAGUCAGCUCAUUCCUUUUGCAGAGCAGAUCCAUGAACAACUGACACAAGAUUCAGAGAAACUUCAAGAGCAGUUCCAAAAAGAGCUUGAGGAGCUCAGAAUUAAGCUUUCUCCGUAUGCAGAUGAAGUCCAUAAACAACUGAGCAAGAAUGCAGAGGAGCUGAAGCUCAAACUGACUCCAUAUACUGAGGAACUGCAAAACCACUUGGAGAAAAAUACCAAAAUAGUCAGCCAGCAGUUAAGGUCUGUCAUCCAAGAACUGCAUAAUAAAAUAAGAGAGAAUGCAGAUAACCUGGAGGUUUCCCUGGCCCCAUAUUCACAAGAGCUACAGAACAGAAUUGAUGAAAGUGUGGACCAACUUAGAAAACAACUCAUUCCUUACACCAAUGAAGUAAGAGAGAAGAUUGAGAGCCAAGUACUCAAGUUAAGCGAGAGCCUGAGCCCUUAUGCAGAGGAGAUGCAGGCGAAUUUAGACAGACAGAUGGAGAGAAUGAAAUUCCAAAUGAGAAAGAGUGUUGAUCAGAUGGACAACAAAGUAAGAGAGUUCACAGAACAGCUAAAAGGACAACUGACUCCUUAUGCAGAUGAGUUGAAAGAAAAACUUGAAGGAAAUGUUAAGGAUGUACAGAAGACAAUUGAGCCAUAUCUCACAGAGAUGAGCGAGCAAAUGGACCAGAAGAUAUCAGAAUUCAAAAAUGCCAUUACUCCCUAUGGAGAAGCACUCAAUAAGGUGCUGGUGCAGAAGGUAGACGACAUAAGGGAGAAGCUGGGCACCUACACAGUGACUGUGCAAGAUCAACUUGAGUACUUGGAAAGUGACAUCCAAAUAAAAGUUCAUGAUUUUCUCAAUAAAGGUAUGCCCACAAAGAUAUGAAAUCCAUGCAUCUGAAAUGUAACAUUAAAUCAAAGAUUAAAAUUAAAGAUUGCACAGAUUAGAAUUAAACUUAAAUUCUUCAUACAAACAAAAGAAAUUUCAUAUCUAGCUUCAAUUUGCAUGGGCCAUAUAUAAAACAAAUGUACCUGUCAAGAUCAUGGCUUUUGUCAAGACUGAAAAGGAAAGCAGCAGACCAGUGUUUCAUGGCACAUACUUCCUACUUUUCUGUGUCCAUUGAUUCUUUAUUGAAGGUAAAGGAACUUUUCCAUGGACAUUUCUUCUCAGGGUGAAAUAAUUAGAAAAGCAGUAUUUCUGUUGUUUUUUCAAAGUGUUUAUCUCACUUUCGUAACAUCUAAAGGUGGCCAUACACGGAUAGAUGUCGCCAAACGAGCGGAUCUCCCUCCGAUAUGCCCACCUUGAGGUG